AUGCUCAGAUCAGUCAUAUUACCAACAAUCCUUAGGUCUUCAAGAUCCAUGACCAAUUCAAAAAGGGUGUUUAACCAAUUCUCAACAUCAUCAUAUAGAAGUGCAAGUGCAGUAAGUGAAAGAUUUAUUGUACCAAAGGGAAAAAACAAAAUCAUUAAAGAACAAACGGAAUAUAGACAAUUACCAGAUGAUUCACAAUACAUUGAGAAAUUCUAUGAAGAAUUAGAUCUAUUCCAAAAAGAAAUUGUUAAUAAUUCAUCAAUAAAGGGAAAGAAUUUUUCAGAUUUUGAAGAUGAUCCAAAUGAAUUGAUUAUUCAAUUGGAAUUGUUUAUUGAAGGUAAAAUUAAACCACAAGUUAGUUUUGAUAAAUUAGCAAGGGCCAAAUAUGAAAGAUUUGAUGAAUUUUUAAGAAAUGUAAAGAUUACAUUGGUAUUGAAUGGUGGUCAUCCAAUGAUUUUUGAUAUUUUAUUACAAAGUAAACAACAUUUUGAUGGGUUUGAUAAGAUGAAAAAGAAAUAA